ACAAUAUUAUAAAAAGUUCAAGCUCCCUUUUGUGCUCAAUUUAAAAGGAAAUCAGGUCUUACGUUCUCUGAUGAAUUACAAUAUAAAAAAGUGAUGAAUUAUAAUACCUACAUGAAAAUGUUCUAGGAAUGCUCGUAUUUGUAAUCUAAGAAGACUACAAAUACAAUAAUUAAAGGUUAAGUAACGAUUCUAGAUAUCAAUAAUUUAGAAGGCAAUAAAAGCAAUAUUGCUGCAUUAUUCUAAAAGAAAAUUACAAAAAAAAAACAAAAUGAUGAAUUAUAAUGCAUGAAAAAAUUGGAAAUAUUCAAAGAAAAUUCGUAUUUAUAGUUUAAGAGGAUUACAAAUAAAAUAGUUCAAGAUUAAAUACAAAUUCCAUGUAUGUAUAAUGAAAAGAACGAAAAAAAUGAAUAGAAGCUGAUGAAACCAAUAUCCCUGCAUAAUUCCCAAAGAAGCCCGUAUUAUAAACAAAUGCAAGCUUUCAGUGAGGACAGGAGGUGCCACCAUAGACCUAUGCGCAACUAACUGUUGCGUGAUUCCCUUGGAUUGGUCUGCUCUAAUUAGCCUAUUCGAAGUAACUAGACAAAUCGAAGCAGAGAAUCCAGGAUAAUCGCUCAAAAGUCGUCUCUGCCGAAUGCACUCGUAAUAAUAAUAAAUAAUUCUUUCGUUAAACAGGAACAAGGGAACAGGCAUUUGUGUAUGCGAUGUCAGCUGCUGCAGCUGUCUGGAGGUUGGCAAGGGGAUGCGCGUUGGGGAGUCUCGCAGCCUGUUCUUGUGCAACACCACCGCGAAAAGAGCCACCAUCGCCAUCCGCGUUAAUUUCGCCGUCAUCCUUCACCGCACCGUCCGUUUCUUUCAAUACACUGUCGCCCAGGAAUUCGUUCAAAUGGGGUGGCUGCGGCGACGAUGUUCGAUCAGCGUCCCGGAUGGCUAAAAGGUUUCUUCAGGGCGCGACACCCCCUGGCACCGGUGCAACUGCCAAGUUCAUGCACGCUGUCAAUAUGCACAAUAAUCGGGCGGGUCGAAGGGCAGUGGAGCAAUCUUUGACCUUGGAAUGCAAGUGCCACGGCGUGUCCGGUUCGUGCAGCGUGCGUACCUGUUGGAGAGGACUCGGUUCUUCGGGACCAUCGGCCGCAGGAAAUCGUUUGCUUCGAAGAUACGCAACCGCAGCCGAAGUUCGACCAAGGUCAGGAGGAAGACUGCCGCCUUUGUAUCAUCAUGAUAACCUCUUGUACACCACCAAAAGCCCGGACUACUGUCUCCCGGAUAAAAUGAGGGGAAGUCUUGGAACCAUUGGCAGGCAAUGUAACGGCAGCAGCUCCGGUUACGAGAGUUGCGAGUAUCUUUGCUGUGGACGGGGACAUGUCACUAAAACGGAGGAAGUUCUGGAAAGAUGCGACUGCAAGUACGUCAGCUGUUGUUACGUAAAGUGCAAGACGUGCAGGAAAAUCACGAAGACGUACGAGUGCAAAUGAGCGGAGGAAAAACAAAAAAUUUCGAAUCGAGAUCGAUCCUCGUCGAGUCCAAAAAAGAAAUAUAUUUGCACAGGGGGGGAAGGUGAGAAUGCAGUCCGCCAUUCUGUUUAAAAAAUCAAACUUAUUUCCAGUCAGUCCUAUAAAUAUUCGUACUCCCUAUGCGUAUCGAAGAAAUUUGUCUAAAUUAAAUGGCAAGUUUGUUGUUUCCAAAUAAAUUUUUUCAUUAUUAAACUGCCAAGUUUUAUGUGUCCAUAGGAAAUUUGAAUGUGCAAGUAACUAUAAAAUGUAUACAGUAUGCAAUAAAAUAAUAAAAUAUCGAAAGUAAAGUUCUAUUCGGAUUCCAUUUUUGUAGGUACGUUUGCAAAAAUUUUAUUUUGCAUAAGAAUCCGCAGUUAACUUAUUAUAACUAUGUACAUGAAUAAAGU